GCUCAGAGGAGGAGGGAGAACACACACACACACACAGGCUACCGAAGAAGGGAGACGCAUCCCGAAGACACCCUCCUCCAGGGGAAAUUAUACCGUCGUUCCUCCGUUUGACAGGUAGACCCGAGACCAUGGACGCUACAAAGUCGGUUCUCACCAGCUUCGCCUUGCUCUUCCUUCUGGGCGUCCAGCGUUCGAUCUCCCAUCCGGUCAGCCUCAGCCCUGCCAAGGAGCUAGCCAGCAUGGAGGCGCUUCUGGAAAGGCUGGAGGGGAAAAUCGCCUUGAUGGAAGACUUGCAGAACAACCCGGACCCUGAGGAGGCGGACACCCCAAGAGAAGAUGUGGACGGGUUCUUGGAAGAGAACAGCGACCAGCGGACGGACCCCCGGGCCGAUCCUGCGCCUUUCACCUCCGACCGGGGCUCCGUGUUCAAGCACCUGCGAGGGCUCCAGGCAGCAAAGAGCAUGCGGGAAUCGGGCUGCUUCGGAAGAAGGCUGGACAGGAUCGGGUCCGUCAGCGGGAUGGGAUGCAGAGGGUACAGAAGGAAUUAAAUCCAGGUUCCCGUCAUCCCACCUGAAUCCUCCCCCUUAAAAAAAGGAUCCAGAAUUCCUAUGGCAUAUGGAUUUCCGAAGAUGAACCCGUGUUUUCUAGAAAACUCCGGAACGGAUGCAAAUGUUCUGCCUAUUUAUUUAUUUAUUAAUUUAUUUAUUAUUACUUGGCCUCUGCUUCGUUUAUUUCUUUUUUGGGGGGGGGUUAUUCUCUGUCUCUCUCCCUUUUUGUUUCUUAAAAGAAAGACUUUCUUACUGUGGGCACAGAGAUCAUGGCUUGAAAGAAUAACGACAAUAAUAAAAAGAACACUUUGAAUCUUUU